UGAAACCGGAAGUAUUAUACACGCCAUCUGGUGUGGUACUAAAAUCAACUUCUUUAAAAUACACAUGUGUAAAAGUUCUCUUAAAAUAUCUUAAAGAUUGUCUUUUAAUAUUGUAAGAGGCUACUGUCUAUGAAAUCUUCACAUUAUACUUUUGAUGAGCAGCGAAUAAUGCAAUAAAUAACCGUUGUAGAUUUCUUGCAAUCUUUCCAAGAAAAAAACCGGGAAAGGCCAGGUCCCCGCUGUUGGCUUUCUUAAAUAAAGGAUCUGACGCGUUAAUUUUUACUAUGAUGAAUAUGAGAGGCCCUCGACCAAUGCCACGUCCAGGAGGUCCCCAUGGUAUGCCAGGUCCAAACAGACCUCCAGGUCCAGGGGGACCUAUGGGACCAGGCAUGAGACCUCCAGGACCAGGUAUGAGGCCUCCUGGCCCUCCUGGUAUGGGACCUAGAGGACCAUUGAGACCACAAGGACCUGUAGGCCCAGGGGGCCCUGGACCUCAAAUGCGACCACAGGCACCACCCCCUGCUGCAGCAUCCAAUGUCACAAAUGAUCCACGUGGUGCUCACUGUAGAAUAUUUGUUGGGAAUUUAAACACUAUAGCUAUGAAAAAAGAAGAUGUUGAAGUUAUAUUUAGAAGAUAUGGUAUGGUGAAGGGUAUAUCAAUGCAUAAAGGAUAUGCCUUUGUACAGUAUGGUGCACAUGAAGAGGCAAAGCAUGCUGCAGUCUCAGAAGAUGGCAAAACAUAUGCUGGUCAAACACUAGAUAUAAACAUUGCAUCUGAACCAAAGAAGGGAAGCAAGAGAGCUGCCCCUGCUGCCAACAAUUCCAACACAAAUGAAACACCAGCUCAGAAGAAAGCCAAGGUAGAUGCUGCAGCUGGAGGUAGAAAUCUUGUAUCACUGGGAUCAAGUCUGAAAGAUGCCACUAUAGAUGCAUCCAGUACUUCCAUUACACUGUCUAGACCAACAGGGAAAGCGUUGAAAAAGACUACUAUAUCAACGGGUAAUGACAUACUAAUCUGUGGUAACUGUAAAUCAUUACACAGUAGUCUAGCCACAUUUGUUCAGCAUAAAAAACAGAAAUGUGAAUUAAAAAUACAGUGCAAAUGUCACCAACUGGCAGCUAAUGCUGAAGAAAAAGCCUCUAAAACAGCAGAACCUGAGCGUAAUCUGUUAUGUGCAGUGUGUGAUGCCAUGUUUAAAACAGCCUGGGAUCUAUGUCAACAUUGUCAGGAGGAACAUAGCAUAGAAAUAUUUAAGCAUGUUAAAGUGGAGUCCGAAAACAAGACAGAAAGUAAUGAAGUGAACGGUGACAAAGAUAAAGAAUGAUGGACAAAGAAAAGAUAAAAGACUGUAUAUUUCAUUCUACAUUAUCUCCUGGUAACAUGUACAGUAAAUAUUCCGUAAAAUGCCGAGGUCUGAGAGUCAUAUAUAUAUAUAUAUGUACACUGUGAAUGAACUCUGUUUCAUGUGAGUAUAUGUGAAAUGACCUGGAAGAAUGAAUGUAAAACAGAGAAGAAAAAAUACAUGGAAGAAUUUACAGUUCUAGCAGCAUGUAAACCAUUAAAGGACAUAUAACAUGAAAGAGGUUUUUUUUUCUUUUUUUUCAAAAUCUAUUAUAGUUCAACUGUUGAAGGAAACAAAUGAGACAUUUUCUAAAUACACAUGUUGACUUAAUGAGACUAGCAGUUGCACUUUGUUUUAUACAUGAUAACAUCUUCAUUUAGUUUUGGUUUCUUUUUUUUUUACAGCACAAAAGUUAUUUGUUCAUCUUCCGCAAAAGAUGUAAAAUUAUAUGUAUAUAUAAAGAAUUGAAAUUUGCUUUGAGUACUUCAGAAGCUACAAGGUUGAUAAAUAUUUCUUUAUUUGUGUGUUCCUAGGAAUUUUGUUGACUUAUUUCCUUGUUGAUAAAGUGUUUGAAGAAUUGGUUAUUAAGGCCAUAUAAAAAAAGUUCCCAUUUAAUUUUAUUAAUUUCAUGUAAGAAGCAUGUAAAUCUGUUGUAAGGCAGGAAUAUUUGCAGUAUAAGCUGAUUAUUUGCCAAUUAUUUGCCAGUGUUAAUGAUCUGUUUCUUUUGAUACUGCAUAUUAGUAUUCUUGAAAUAAGUUUUCUAACAAAACAACAAAAACAAUCACCUCUUUACAAUGAUGUUAAAAUAGGAUUCAUCAUGUUAAAAAGUUUAGCUAAUUGUUCAGACAACCAUUGUCAAUGCUUUGAACGAAACUACUAGAUACAGUAGACACAAUAUACUUCUGCUUCUGUGACACAAGCUUUAAUGUACUUGCAUAAUUUUAGUAGUCUAGUGAAUAAUAAUUGUUGAACUCAAUAUUCCAACAUCUCUUGCUUGACUAUAUUUUUAAUGACCUAUUAACAAGUUAAAGUUAAGGCAGUGUGUUUGGUUAUAAACUGGCAUAUGUUGUGUAAAUGUACAAAAGAAAUGCAUCUUUUGUUUGGUAUUGUGUUAAGAAUUAUCACAAUUUUUAUAUAACAAGUUUCAGAACUUGCAAAGGUAUCUAAUAAUUUCUUCUACCAUUUGUUUUCAUAUUGACAUUUUUAAUUUUACAUGUGUUGUGUUCUAUAAAUGUAUAAGUCAAAAUUCUGUGUACAUGAAAAUGCUGACUAUUAUGUACAUAUACUUGUAUGUGUUCAUUCUGGCUUCCUUCUUUAUAGUUAUGUUUUCUAUACAGUUGAUAUAAAUGCUGACAUGAAUAAGAAUGGUGUGAUCAUUUAUGUGAUGUUUCUGCCAUGUAUGCUAAAAUUUGUGGAAUAAGUAAUGUUAAAAGAUAAGCUUUUAUGUAAAAAUAAGGUGAUACAAUGCUACAUUUGUAUAAGAAAAUAUUACCAAAACUUGGUAAGACAAGUGUUUAUGUAACACAACAAAGAAACAAGCAUUGUAAAGGAUCAUGUGUGGAAGUCAACAAGGCAAUCAAAAUGCUAGUAUGCAAAAAAAACCAAACAACAAUGUAACAUCAAUUUUUGUGCAUUUGUGCAAACUUUUUAUCUCUUCUGAAAAUUCAAACGAAUUGGCUCCGUGAAACACUAAUCAUUUGUUGCAUAACCAGUACACUAGCAUGGAUUUUUACUGAAUUCAUAAAAAAUCAUUAUUACAGUUUUGCCAUAUCUUAAACAACGGAUACAUGUUUUCAGGUUCAUAAUUUAGGUCAAUGACUAAGACCCAUAACUCAUUCACAAUUAUUUCCAUUUGUGAACUUGAAUUAAUAAUACGUGUCUCUUGUUUUACUAUGAUGCUCUGCAAUCAUAUAAGUGCAUUGUCAGCUAAUCUACAUUCUUGCUUGUAAUGCAUUGGAUAAGACAAGAGAUCUGGUACAAGAUGUGCAUGUUUUUUAUUGUAGAAGUAUCAUUAUUGACAGGGAUCAUUUAUAAUUAUGUGCCACAAAUGAUCAUUGUAUUACACUAUAACAUGUUUAAACUUACAUAUGAAAAACAGUUCAGAGCUAUAAUGUUUGAUAAAUAAUUCAACACUAGUGUAUUUACUAAUUUCCUUGGAUAUUGUUAGUUUGUUUAUUCAAAUAUUUUGAUUAUGUGUAGAUUUUGAAGUCACAGUCUUGUUAACAUACAUCAUGUAAAAUUUACUGUGGUAUAUUAUGUGUGGAUAAUAAACACUGUUAUAAUUAUCAAAAGCUAAAGAUAUUUGUUAAUUUGUGUGGAUUAGAAAAUAAAUACUGAUUAUUUGUUCAUGUAUGGAUUUGAAAUUCAUCGUUCAGUUUUGUUAUGUUUGAAUGUAGAUUUUCUCUGAUGUAGCAUGUGUGGAUUGUAAUUUGAUCUAAGGCUAAUUGUCAAUAAGGAAUGCUGUUUUUAUUAUGUUUGGAUUAGACGAUCAUCAAUAGAUGCACUUUUAUUAAAUAUUGAAAAACGAUUUCUCUGUUAAUCAUGUGUGGAUUAAAAAUGUUACAUUGAUGUUUCAUUUAUGUGUGCAUAUUCAUUUAAGCAAACAUACUGUUGCACAGUAUUAUAGUUGUUGUGUAUUUCCUUAUAGACGUGUGUACAAAAUAAUCUUUGCAUAGUAAAGUCUGUCAAAACAUCUCUAGUAUAGACAUUAAUUUCCAGUUUUCUAGAUUUAAAAAUGUAUUUUUGUGUACAAACUGAUUGCCUGUGUCGACAGUGUGGAAUUUCUCUGGACAUAAUUUGUUAUGAUGUUAUAAGUGUAAGUACAAUGUAGUUAGAAUGAGUUGAGGCUAUCACAAGAUUCUCAUUUUAUAUGCUGACAUUUGAGCUGCGUCAUGACAAAACCAACGUAAUGCAUUUGCGACCAGCAUGGAUCCAGACCAGCCUGCGCAUCCUUGCAGUCUGAUCAGGAUCCAUGCUGUUCGCUUACAAACCCUAUUACAAGUAGAGAAACUAAUAGCGAACAGCAUGGAUCCUGAUCAGACUGCGCGGAUGUGCAGCCUGGUCUGGAUCCAUGCUGGUCGCAAACGCAUAACGUUGGUUUUGUCAUGACGUGGCUCAUUUGUAUUUUUACCAUUUAUAUGUAUAUAGUUCUGUUGUAGGUAACAUGUAUAUCUGUGUACACUAUAACAGGUCAGGUUAAACAUUUGUUGAGAUGUAAUCUUCUCCAAAGAAAGACUUGAUAAGACUCAUACAGCUGCAUAUGUUUUAUGAUUUAUUUUCAUUGGAAGAAAAUAAAAAUGUACAGUUGCAUAUUUACAUUGAUAUGAUAUGUUGAAUUUUGUGUCAUUACUAAAAAAAUCAGUGUGUUAUGAUGGUAAUUUUGUGUCAUUAUUAAAGAAAUCAUGUUAAAACAAAGAAUAUUCAUAUUAUGAUCAUGUUGUAUUUUCUUUGUCACCAUUUUUUGUUUUGAUGUCAUGGUGUAUUUAGAUUAAUAUAGAAAAUAAACUGACCCUCAGGCAA